GGACGGGGCGGGGCGGGAGGCGGCCCCGGGAAGCAUUUCCGCAGCUUCCUGCGCCGGGAGAGCGGCAGCGAUGCCCCUGGAGCCCCUGAUCUGUGCCAAGACAGCCACGCGGGUGAGCUCGGUGCUGAACCGGGACGGGAAGCAGUUCGGGAAGCAGCACAUGUUCGAUGCCAGCGAGGAGACCUGCUGGAACUCAGACCAGGGCACGUGCCAGUGGGUCACUCUGGACUUCCCCAGCACCGUUAAGGUCUCCCAGCUGCAGGUCCAGUUCCAGGGGGGAUUCUCCAGUCGGUUGUGCACGCUGGAAGGCUGCAGAGCAGGAGAAGAGCUGGUGAAGAUCUCACACCUGUACCCUGAGGACUCCAAUGCCAUGCAGAGGUUCCAGCUGGAGGAGACAGUGCUGGACAAGCUGAAGAUCACCUUUGAGAGCAGCACUGACUUCUUUGGCAGGAUUGUGGUCUACCACCUGGGCGUGCUGGGGGAGAAGCUUUAGGGGCAGCAUCCUAAAGGUGGGGAAUGGCCCAGCAUAACCCUGCCAGCAGCACCAAGCUGCACCUCAAAGCACCAAGAGAGGACCCCCCCAGCACCCAGGGGAGGUGACUGAGGGACAGCAGAUGCACAUCUUGGACUUCCAAGCCUCUGGUGGGACACUGCUUGUGGAGCCAGCAAUAAAUGAUGUCCUCACUG